AUGAUUUACAUAAAGACUGUUAUUGUUGGUGAUGGUGCUGUUGGAAAGACAUCAAUGUUGAUCAGAUACACAUCCAAUUAUAUACCAACAGAGUACCAACCAACUAUAUUCGAUAAUUAUUCGGCAUUGGUCAUGUAUGAGAAUAAACCAUUCAACUUGGGUUUAUGGGAUACGGCCGGACAAGAGGACUUUGACAAGUUGAGACACUUGAGCUAUCCACACACAGAUGUGUUCCUGCUAUGCUAUAGUGUUGUCAAUCCAAACUCCUUCAAGAACUGUGUAGAUAAGUGGAUAUCCGAGAUAAAGACUCACUCACCAGAGAGUCCAAUCAUCCUAGUUGGCACCCAGAUGGACCUUCGCGAGAAUGACCAAACCACAGAGAGGCUGGCCAAGUUAAACCUGGCGCCAGUAUCUACGGAACAAGGUGAAGCACUGGCGGCCAAGUUGGGUGCAGCAUACUUUUGUGAGUGUAGUUCACUGACAAAGAAAGGCCUGCAUGAAGUGUUUGAAAAGGUGAUCGAGGCAUUCUUGGACAAGAACAGACGCUCACCAGAGUGUAGAUAUCCAGAGGGUGUGACAUUCAAGUGUAAUUAUAACUCAACUGAUGGAUCAUCUGCUGGAGGUGCUGGAAGUGGAUCGACUGCUGUGUCUCCAAGGGAAGUAAAGAAGGCCAAGACUGCUGGAGCAGUUGCCAAAUUUCAAACUAUAUACAAGACCAUCAGGAGGUCUAAAAAGAGGUUAUGUAAUGCCAUUUCAAGGCCUAAAUAA